AUUAGUUGUGUUGUUGAGUCACAUAAAGCACAAGAUUGUCUCGUCGGUGUUUUAUUUACUUAAUAAUUGUGUUACCGUGGCGGUGCCGAGUGAACAAGCCGGACGGGUUCAUAUGUUGUUAGCUAAGCUAGUUAGCUAGCCUCAUUUGUUUACAUGAGUACACUCAGCAGGUCACACACAGUCAGGAAGCCUCCCUGAUAUCUUAACUGGUUCUCACUGGUUACAGGUAUUUUUCCAGAAUGACAGCAGUCAGAUAGGAGGAGGGAUGAGGUACUUUGGGCCGGCCGAGCUGGUCGCAGGCCUCUGUCAUACAGACGAGCAGAAUCCUCUCCCUGUGUGGCAGGAUGGACACAUCAGCCCCUGUUUCAACCAGCUCGUCCUGGGAGCCUUGCCUCAUGCAGGGAUGGCCAUUUUCAGUGCCUGCUACCUCGGCAUGACCAGAUGCAGCCUCUUCCAGACGUCUCCUCCCUGUGGCUGGAGGCUCAGGUUGGUGUCGGCUCUGCUGGCCGCGCUGCUCUUCACUGCGGACGUCGUCGUGGUGAGUCUCCUCCAGCAGGCGGACAUGUACCUGGACGUCUUCGCUGACGGCUGUGCCAUCCUGGCCUGGCUGGUCCACUUCAGUGCCAUCACGGUGCUCCAGAGAACUGCCUUCAGGAGGACCAGAGGACCUCCGCUGCUGCUGCUGCUGGUCCUUCUGUCUGUCCCAAACGUGGUCAUCACCUUGAUGAUUUACUGUGACAGUCAGGAGUUUUUACACCUUACUCAGCCCCUGAAAUUGGCACGUUUUGUGCUCGCCUCAACGAGAACAGUCCCUCUCCUGGUUUAUCUUCUGGCGUUUACAUUCCCCUGCAUCAGUGAUGCUGGAUAUACUUUGUACAUCAAUGCUGUGGAUGGAUCCCCUCUCAUCCCAGAGAGCACGGAGCCGGAUACAGGUGAGAUGGUGGCCGAGGACGGGAGCAGCUGUGUGUCGCGGCUCUUCUACCUGUGGCUGAAUCCUCUCUUCAGACGAGGGCAGCGAGGGGAGCUGGACAGACCAGCUGAUGUUUAUCACCUCCCUCGGAAACUUCGGACUAAUGUGGUUUGUCGAUACUUCAACCAGUGCUGGGAAGCCUGCCGACGAGGGGCUGCAGUCGGUGACGGGCAGGACCAGUGGCCCAGGCCGGUCAGCAGAAACCUCCUGGGUGGCACCUGGAGUUCACACAACCAGGAGGAACCGCUGGAGCUGGAGGGUGAUGUAGGACUGCUGAGGGUGCUGCGCAAGGCGUUUGGGUUGCGUUUUUACAUCCUUGGUGUGCUGAAGGUGUCGGUGAACCUGUCGAGCUUCGCGGGGCCCCUCCUCCUGAGCGCUCUGGUGAACUUCAUGGAGGAUGCAGGAGCUCCUGUCAGCACGGGUGCCUACUGCGCUCUGGGGCUCUUUGCCACCUCUCUUCUCACCUCAGUCCUCAGAAACAUCUUCGUCUUCGAGGUCUCCAAGGUGGCGUUGGCAGCACGCGCAGCUCUCGUGUCGUCCAUCUACAGCAAAGCCGUGCAGGUCAGCGGCAGCAGCCUGGCCAGCUUCAGUCUGGGAGAGCUGGUGAACUUAAUGUCGGCAGACACCAACCGUGUGGUCAACUUCUUCAGUAGCUUCCAUGAGCUGUGGAGCUUGCCCUUCCGGUUUUGUAUCACCCUCUACCUGCUGUACCUGCAGGUGGGUGUGGCCUUUCUCGGAGGGCUCGGUGUGGCGGUGCUGCUGUUGCCGUUCAACAGGUUCCUCGCUAUCCGCAUCCUUAGCAACAGCAAAGGCAUGCUCAGGUGCAAGGACGACCGCGUUAGGUUAAUGACCGAGAUCCUCUUCGGCAUUCGUGUCAUCAAGUUCUACAACUGGGAGCCUCAUUUCACUCAGAAGGUCACCGAGAGUCGUAAACAAGAGCUGUCGCACCUCAAGGCCAUCAAGUACCUGGACGCCAUGUGUGUUUACACCUGGGCAGCUCUACCUGUAGUCAUCUCCAUCCUCACCUUCAUCACGUACGUGCUGCUGGGACACCAGCUGACUGCAGCCAAGGUGUUCACCACGCUGGCUCUGGUGGGAAUGUUGGUCAUCCCACUCAACGCCUUCCCCUGGGUGCUCAACGGCAUCCUGGAGGCCAAAGUGUCUCUGGAACGAAUCCAGCGCUUCUUCAAACUGACCAACCAGGACCUGCAGGCGUACUACGCUCUGGUGUCUCCUGAAGACAGUCAGACGUCUCUCCUGUUCAACCAGGGGACAUUUUCCUGGCAGGGGCCCGACAGUCCCAAAGACGGAGAGACUGAACGUGGAGCAGCUAAAGGGAGUCUGCAGCUGCACAGCCUCAAUCUUCACAUAACCAAGGGCUCUCUGGUCGUGGUGGUGGGGAAGGUCGGCUGUGGGAAGAGUUCCUUACUGGCUGCUGUCACUGGAGAGCUCAGCAGGCUGAGUGGAGUUGUAUAUGUAGCAGACAGAGCCGCUGGCUUCGGUCUGGCUGCCCAGGAGCCGUGGAUCCAGCAUGCAUCAGUACGAGACAACAUCCUGUUCGGCAAAGCGCACGAUCCCGCCUUCUAUCAGGCUGUGAUCGAGGCCUGCGCUCUCUCAGACGACCUCAACGUUUUGCCGAAUGGUGACAAGACACAAGUGGGAGAGAACGGAGUGACUCUGAGCGGAGGACAGAAGGCUCGGCUGGCUCUCGCCAGAGCUGUUUACAUGGACAAAGACAUCUACCUCCUCGAUGAUCCGUUGGCGGCGGUCGAUACUGACGUGGCCGAACACCUCAUGAAGAAAUGCAUCAUGGAGCUCCUCAAGGGAAAGACCAGAAUCCUUUGCACGCACCGCUUAGAGUUUGUGUACAACGCCGACCUGGUCGUCCUCAUGGACAACGGAACGAUCGUCAGGACAGGCACGGCGGCAGAAAUCCUUCCUCUGGUGGAGGCGGUGCCGAAAAAACAAAAGAACGACCACAACAUGAAAGAGAAAGACGGCGUCGAGCCCGAGGAGGAUCCCGGUUCUGCCCCUGAUCUACGUGUGGAUGAUGAUCCCGACCAGUUGGGGGCGGAGCAGAAGCAGGCGGGCGGACUGUCAUGGAGAGUCUACCGGACCUACUGGGCCGCUGUGGGCGGAGUGCUGGGUGCUUCCAUCCUGAUGUCUCUGCUCCUCAUGCAAGCCUCUAGGAACCUCUCUGACUGGUGGCUCUCUCACUGGAUCUCAGAGCUGAAAAACAACGGUUCCUCGAGAACGAACAGUUCGACCUCAGCUGGCUUCAGCUCGCCUCACCUGCUGCUCUUCUCACCUGGAGGGCUGAUGUCUUUUCCGUCCUCGUCAGUUCAAACCUUUCCUUCAAACACGAGCUCAGACGUCCAGUUCUACCUGACGGUGUACACCUGCAUUGCCGUGGCCAACACCGUCUUCACCGCCAUGCGAGCCUUCCUCUUUGCCUACGGAGUCGUCUGUGCCGCCACGUUCAUCCACAGAAGGCUCCUGGACCGGGUCCUGAAGGCCCCGAUGACCUUCUUCGACACCACCCCGAUGGGUCGCGUUCUCAACCGCUUCUCUUCGGACGUGUACAGCGUGGACGACAAACUGCCGUUCAUCCUGAACAUCCUGCUCGCCACCGUGUUCAACCUGCUGGGCAUGCUGGUGAUAAUCAGCUACAGCCUCCCCUGGGUCCUAGUGCCCCUGCUGCCCCUCGCUCUGUUCUACUUCCGCACGCAGCGUUUUUACCGUCACACGUCUCGGGAGCUGAAGCGCCUGUACAGCCUGACGCUGUCGCCACUCUACUCGCACUUCUCUGAGACGCUGACCGGGCUCGGAACCAUCCGGGCCAGCGGCAGCUCUGCCAGGUUUGUGGAGGAGAACGCCAGACGUCUGGAGCAGAAUCAGCGUUGCCUGUUUCUUAGCAAUGCCGCCACGCAGUGGUUGGACAUCCGGCUGCAGCUGAUCGGUGUUUCUGUGGUGACCGGCCUCGGGGUGAUCGCUGUCGUCCAACACCAGUUUAAUUCUGUUGAUCCAGGUCUGGUGGGUCUGUCGCUGUCCUACUCCCUGUCCAUCACGAUGCUGCUGUCUGGCCUCAUAUCCAACUUCACCGAGACUGAGAUGCAGCUGGUGAGUGUGGAGAGGACUGAGGAAUACUCCACCGGCCUUCCCAUCGAGCCGCAGCAGCUGAACCCACAGCUGCCGCCGGCGUGGCCCGACCAGGGCCGGCUGGAGUUCCGUUCCGUGGUUCUGGCCUACAGAGACGGUCUCCCCAACGCUCUGGACGGGGUGAGCAUGGUGGUACGACCCGGAGAGAAGGUGGGCAUCGUGGGACGUACGGGCUCCGGCAAGUCCACCCUGUUCCUGGCCCUGUUCCGUAUGGUGGAGCUGGACCAGGGUCAGAUUCUCCUGGACGGGCUGGACAUCAGCACCGUGGGCCUGGCUCAGCUCAGGUCCAGGCUGGCCAUUAUUCCUCAGGACCCCUUCCUGUUCAGCGGGACCAUCAGGGAGAAUCUGGACCCAUGUGGGCGAAACCCAGACCAGCAGCUGCUAGACGUGCUGGACCAGUGCCACCUCAGCUCUGUGGUUAACAGGAUGGGUGGUCUGGAUGCUGAGGUCGGUGAGAGAGGAAAAUGUUUCUCCGUGGGACAGAGACAGCUGCUGUGUCUGGCCAGAGCUCUGCUGACUCAGGCCAAGCUGCUGUGUAUCGAUGAAGCCACAGCCAGCGUGGACCAGAAGACGGACAAACUGCUGCAACAAACCAUCAGAGAGAAGUUUCAUGACAAGACCGUCCUCACUAUCGCACACCGGAUCAACACCAUCAUGGACUGUGACCGGGUGCUGGUGAUGCAUGCUGGGAAGGUGGCGGAGUUUGACACCCCGGCUGCUCUCUGCCAAACGGACCAGUCCAUCUUCCAGCGGCUGGUCGGGUCCAGAGGAGAAUGAGACGGAGGAAAUAAAAGACACCUUGAAGAUGUAUUUUUAUAUUUUAUGCUGAAAAGUCUUGACGAGAACUCGCUGCCCUUUUUCUGCACCGUGCUGCUGAAAAACACUUUUACAGACAAAACAAACUUGUUUUCUUUUUUUUUUCCCCUGUUUCAUUUUAUUUAUUUUUUUUAACUAUGGAGCAGAUUUUACAGCUAAGAUUUGUUUAAAUUUAUAACUACAACCUGUUAACAGUAGAUACGACUCUUCGACCAGUACAAGCUCGUCUGACACUCUGUUUUGUUUCUGUUGACUCAGUAUGUUUCUGAUGUUUUGAUGUUUUAUUUUAUUUGCUCUGGGAAAAUCACUUAGUCAUCAGCUCUUUUAAAAGUCAGCAGUGGUGGCUGAUGCUGGACAGUCGUUACACUCAUGUUUGAGUGACGUGGAAAUUCACCCAAAAAUAUAAACUUUGUCAUCAUCUCCUCCCCCCAUGAUGAUGGAAAGUCGGGGGUCCAGACACAUGACGAGCUGUAUGGAGUCCUUGUUUUUAUGUUCAAACAAGCCCCUGACUGCUUCAGUUGUUUAGCAGAAUGCUGCAACUCUGAUUUACUGUGAAGCUCCAGAAAUGUUUUGUGGACUAUGAAACUUCACCUGACUUUCCAUCAGCGUGGGAGGGAGGAGAUGAUGGCUGAACUUACAUUUUUGGGUGAACUGUUGCUUUAAAAACGUGAAAGGGAAGAAAUAUAAAAUGAAAACUCUCCGUUAGCUGCUGCCAAACAUCUGGGGAAAAUAUAGAACAAUGUUCCAUUACAGCAGGAGUUAAAGGAUAAUUGAUCACAUUCAGGUGUGAUUACAGGUCUUGAGGAGUUCAGCUGCAUAUGUCAAAAAAUGCUUUAAAGCCUUUUGUGGUUCCAGAGGGAGCUGUGUGUAAACUGAUAAAUUACCUCCAGUGAUGUCACUCAGAGGCUAUGUUGCAUUAUGGGUAAUGUAGGCACAUCAUGUUUUGAGAAACAGUCCACUGAUCUGACUUUACACUUCAUUAACACUCAUUAUGGACAGUUCAAAUUAAUAAAGUGAAAAAAUUGAUACACCUUUUUAUUGGCACACAUUCUUCUUCAUUCUUCCAGAGCCUACAUUACCCACAAUGCAUCUUAGAUACUAAGUGACAUCACUGGAGACAGUUUAUCAGAUUACAGCAACUUCCUCUGGAGCCACAGAAUGCUUUAUACUAGCUGUUUUUCACAUAAGCAGUAAUACUCCGGGACACUUAACAAACAUCAGACAGUUUUCCUGCAGUUACAGUUAUAUGGUAACAUUAUUUGAAGUAUUUGUUUUAUGUACAGUGAGGUUUAAAUGAAGGUGAAGGCAAAAAGUAUUGAAACAAAGUGUAUUUUGUGAAGGUACCACGUACCUGAGCCUAGAUCGGUUUUAGCCAGCUCAGCUCGGAGGAACAUGGAGUAAGCAAUAUUCUAAAGACAACAUAGUCAGAUUUUAGUGUCAGUCACAGCUCAGAAAACACUAGGUUUGAUCAUUUAUCUGUGUAACUUAGUUUGUUUCACAGGGGGGUGUAUGAAUUAUUACAGAUGUUUUUUGGUGUUCCUCAGGGAAGCUGUUUUGGUCCCCUCUAGUUUUUGUUGUAUGUGUGUUCCUUUGGAGAUUUUUUGGAAACACUGUAUGCUGAUGAUUAGCAACUCUACAUUUGUGUUAAGUUUUGUCCAGUUGUUUUUGUCUGUAGGAACUUUUUAAUUUUUAUUUCAUCAAAUUAAUGACAGUUUUUGUCUUUUUAAUCAGUAUGAUAUUCUAAUGAAUGUUCAGAACUGUAUUCAUAAAGUCCAUCAUCAUUAGUACAUUAUUACAAAAGAUCAGUAAGUCAGAGGUUUUAAUUUGAUACCUGGGUUAUGUCAUUUUGUCUUUUGUUUCCUAUUUUGUUCAUCAAACCAAAAAUAUAUUUUUAUUAAGUAUGUUUUUGUAAUUAAGAAGUCUGAGGGCUUUUUUUAACCAGAGGAGAUGUUUUCAGAAUUGAUUGUUGGUCUUCUCUGUGAAUGUGUGUUUGUGGUUGUACUUUCUGUUGAUCCAUUCUGUUUGGUUUUGUCAUAAUAUGUUGCAGUGAUAUGUUUUACAGGUGCAACAUGUGUGCAAACAGAAUAGAAGAAUUCUGGUUAUUGUCUUGCAGACAUGCUAGCAUGCUAACCAGCUAGCCUCAGGCCUGAAAGCCUCUUUUUCCCCAGCAGUGUAAACACCAACUCUCACCGAGGAGUCGGGCUAGCUGCACAGCUAGCAAGCUAAUAGUAGCUACAAUCAUGGAUGUAUCAACAGAACACAGUUAGCAGCAGUUAGCAGUCCUUACAUAUUGCACCUUUUAAUGCUGGUCGCCACCCGUCGUAAUACAGAGAAGAGAAGAAGAACAAGACACAGUAACUAGCAGGGAUGGACAUUUCAAGCACAACAAGCUAUUAUAACCGGUAAUUAUUCAACAGUUGUUUAGUUUGAGUAUCUGCUGUUUGGAAAAUAUAUUUUUUCAGACAACAUCAUAGUCGCAUUUUUCUAAUGUAAAAGAUGUCUAAAUAUUAGAAAAGGAGAAGACAGAUGAAAGCGAGACACAAGUCAGCUCGCCAGCGUGGGAGUUCUGUUGGAUUCCAUACAAGCAAAAACUU